AAUCACGCUUUUGUGAUUUGUCAGAACUCAGAGUGCAUUGACCAACCUGCUACUGGUGUCGAUUUUAGCAAAGACUGAUUCAGUUGGUUUAUUGUUGUUUCCGCGAUUAUACUACGAGUGUGAAGUGAAUAGCACAUCGGCGAGAUGCAAUCAAAGUUGUUUAACCAUUCGUAUAUCUAAAAUGGCGUCGAUGUUUACCAUUUAGUUAACAUUCUGUAUCGCGAACGAUCGCCAGUGAUCGCAUCCGAGUGAGUCAUAAACCAACGUAGCAAUGACAUUUUUAUAGCACAAAGUGAAAUUACGUUUCAUAAACGUUUCUAUAGAAGACUGGUGAAGUGAUCUAAAAACACAAUGCGCGAAUUCAAGGUAGUCGUGCUGGGCUCGGGUGGGGUCGGAAAGAGUGCCCUAACUGUGCAAUUCGUGUCCGGAUGUUUCAUGGAGAAGUAUGACCCCACAAUAGAAGAUUUUUAUAGAAAAGAAAUAGAGGUGGACAACUCCCCGUGUGUACUAGAAAUACUGGAUACGGCCGGCACAGAACAAUUCGCAUCUAUGCGGGACCUGUACAUAAAGAAUGGCCAAGGAUUCGUAGUCGUAUACUCGUUAACCAAUCACCAAACCUUUCAAGAUAUUAAACCAAUGAAGGAAUUGAUAACUCGUGUUAAGGGAUCGGAACGGGUGCCUAUACUGUUAGUCGGAAACAAGGCUGAUCUAGAGCACCAGCGCGAGGUCUCCCAGCCGGAGGGAUCGGCGCUGGCGCAAAUGUGGGGCUGCCCCUUCGUGGAGGCCUCCGCCAAGAGCCGUAUCAAUGUCAACGAGAUGUUCGCCGAAAUAGUGCGUGAAAUGAACGUUAGUCCCGAAAAGGAGAAAAAAACUUAUUGUUGUUGUACAGUGCUUUAAUAUUUAGUGUGGAAUGUGGCAUUUAUUUUUCGUAAGACUGCAAAAGCGAGGGGGAAGUGAGCCCACCUUGACUCGGGGGCGGUCCGCGUCCAGCCGGGCCGGGGGCGGCGGCGCGCCCGCUCUGCAGCCUGGCCGCCCCGGCCGCUGGACCGGCGGUCGCGACGCGCGUCAUAUCACGUUGUUAAUAUCUUUGAUACAUACCAUUGUCCAAUCGAGGUGCUUUAUCUUAUAUUUUCAUACUUUAGUACUGGUAGAUGCUCCCGCAGUAACCGAUGUAAUAUUACAGAAUACCGUCAGAAAGGAGAAACUCAAAAUUAAUGUCAUGUCAUGUUAUUUUACACACAACGGUCAUUGAUUUAUAAACAACAACAGUAAUGUAAAUGUAAAGUAAUUUUAGUCAAGUUUGUAUAUAUUUUCAUGAGAUUAACCAAUGUGGAAGGACAAAGAGGAUUAGAGAGUAAUAACGCCAUCCAAAUAUGCAAUAAUCUUAUAUGAUUGUGUAGAGUGAAGUGCGAUGAGUAAGGGUACUACUUAGUCAUCAUGCAAGGUGUGUUCUAUUGUGUAAAUUAUAUGAGAAUCAAUAAUCAAGGAAAUACAGACUUAAGAUUUGCGUGAUUGUGUUUUAAAAGUCUACCAGGAUUUGUGAUAAUACAUAUAACAAAAUAUCUAUAAUAAAAGUUUAAGUGGGAGAUUAAAA